GCUCCGUUAGCAGGCAGUUUGCAGAUUAUCUCGCGAGGUUAUUCCACGAGACUCACGUCAUCAUUAUGAGACGCUCUUACUUCUCCAGAAGCAACUAAGCUGGCGAGCUAACGAGCUAGUUUUGUUUACAAGAAUGGCGACCUCCAAGAAGGGGAAGAAAGUUGUUAAUCAGGAGGAACUCCGACGGCUGAUGAGGGAAAAACAAAGGCAAGCCAGCGACAAGAAGCGCGUCGAGUCUCCGUUUGCUAAAUACAACAGUCUCGGGCACCUCACUUGUAUCCUGUGCAAUGUGCAGGUGAAGUCCGAGCUACUGUGGCCAGCUCACGUUCUUGGGAAACAGCACAAAGAGAAGGUUGCUGAGCUGAAAGGAGCAAAAAGUCAACCGGUGACACCACAGAGUCAGUCGCUGAAGAGGAAAGCACCGGACAGUGAGGAUGUUAACGGGAAAAAGGCGACACCCGCAGCGGCUGCAGGUCAGUCUUCGUCAGGACUGCCUGGAGAUUUCUUUGAGAAACCCAGCGAGAGGCCAACUGGUUCUACACAGAAGUCUGCAGGGCUGAGCCUGCUGGCUGGAGUUUAUGAUGAGGACGACGACGGCGAUGAUAAUGAAGCUGCAGCGGAGGCAAGUGAGCAGGUGACCAAAAAUCUGCCUCCUCAGAAAGCAGAAUCUACAGGACUACCCGCUGACUUCUUUGACAGCUCCAUCCCACCCACGCCUGCCAUCUCCCAUUCAGGCUCCAUCAUCAAAGCAGAUGUUCAAGAGAAGAUCCCCGAGAAGAAGGACAACACAGCCGAGGCACUCCCGGAGGGUUUUUUCGACGACCCGGUUAGAGAUGCCAAAGUGCGCAACGUGGACGCACCCAAAGAUCAAAUGGACAAGGAGUGGGAAGAGUUUCAAAAGGAGAUACGGCAGGUGAACACAAAAUCUGAGGCCAUCGUGGCGGAGGAAGACGAGGAGGGACGACUUGAACGUCAGAUCGACGAAAUUGAUGAACAAAUUGAGUGCUACAAGAGGGUAGAACUACUGAGGGACAGACGGGAUGUGGUGAAGAGCAAGCCUCUGCCCAGGAAACAGGAGCAAGUAGACAGUGGUGACAGCAGUGAAGAAGAGGAGGAGAAUGAAGAGGAACUGCUGGGGCUUUUGUCCCAGGACUGGAGAGCUAAAGGGGCUCUGGCCUGAGUUUCUGUUAAAAUGUGUGACUGACCUGUUUUAUCGAUACAUAUCGAUACUGAUAUAACCUCCUUAAAUGUGGAUGUUAAUGUGUUCCAGUUUCCAAAAGUGGCAGAUAGUUUAAAAUAUCUUUAUCACA